AUGACUGCAUCAUAUAAACCACGCAAAGGUUCAUCAAUAACGUCUGAACCUCAAUCGACCUUCGUCAGGAGAUGGGGCAUCCGAGCUAUCUUCUUGACUCUGUUUCUUGGUUUCUGCCAAUGGGCCAACUCAAUCAAUGAUCGAUUUUACAUGUUGACACCAACAGAAUUAAAUGAGACUGUUCAACAUUCACUCAAGCUUGCAUCAGAGUUGAAUUCUGACUCAAAAGCUAAUUCAUCCAUUAUCAUUUCAACAUUAAUUGAUCAGUUGGUAGAAAGACAUCCUGAGAUGAGUUGGUCAACCGAUUUCAAGAAUAAAAGAGAUUGGGUAUUCAACAAUGCAGGUGGUGCGAUGGGUAGUAUGUUCAUCUUACAUGCCAGUAUCACCGAAUAUAUAAUCAUCUUUGGAAGUGCAGUCGGUACAGAGGGACAUACAGGGAGACAUACAGCCGAUGAUUAUUUCCAUAUAUUAACAGGUCAACAAACAGCUUAUGAAGCUGGAGAGUUAACAAGAGAGAUAUAUAACGCUGGUGACGUACAUCAUUUGCCUAGAGGCAUAGUCAAACAAUAUACAGCUUCACCUGAAAUGUGGGCUUUGGAAUAUGCUAGAGGCUGGAUCCCACUUAUGUUACCAUUCGGAUUCGCCGAUACUCUGUUCUCAACCCUUGAUAUCCCAACUUUGUAUCACACCGCUAGAGUCACGGGGAGGGAAAUGAUCAAAAAUCUGUUGAAAGGAAAGAUAUAA